CUGGAGGUCGGCGCGGCCGCGGCGCCGGCGGGCGGGGCGCCCAGCGAGGCGCCGACGGUGAUCGGGGCGAAGGGCGCGGAGGUGGACGCCCCCGCGGGGCUGCCGCAGAUCGCGGGGUCCGGGAACUUCGAGCUGCAGAUGGGCGAGACGCCGCUGGCGCCUCCGCCCACGACUUCUACGUGGGCCACGACCACGCCGCGGAGUGCCCUCCGCUCGGCUUCUCCGGCGCCGCGGCGCGGGCGCCCAGCUUCUCCGGCGGCGAGGGCGGCGGCGGCGAGCCGCUACCGCGUCUGCCGACGGUCGCGGGGAGCGCAGACGAGCCGAUGUGACGGGGCCACUUUCGGAACCCACCCGGCCGCCGCGCCGCCCUCGUGAAGCGGGCGGCCGCCGGAGGAGGGAGGAGCAGUAGGACUGAAUGCACGUGUGGCCACAGGUUUUCCCGGCGCCCGGACCUCCGCACGUGCACCCGCCCGUCUGG